UGCUUCACGCAUGGAUGAGGCCAUGAAUUUCAAUCGGACCGAGAGCGACUGGCAGGGGCUGGUGAGCGAGUACCUGGUGUGCAAAAGGAAACUAGAAAGUAAAAAGGAGGCUUUACUGAUCCUUUCCAAGGAGUUGGAUACGUGUCAACAGGAGAGAGACCAAUACAAACUCAUGGCCAAUCAGCUUCGGGAGCGGCACCAAUCUCUGAAAAAGAAAUACCGAGAGCUGAUUGAUGGAGACCCAUCAAUUCCACCUGAAAGGAGGAAACAGGCUAAUCUUGCACAACUAUUGAGUGAUUCUCGGGACCGAAAUAAACAUCUGGGAGAAGAAAUUAAAGAACUUCAGCAGAGACUUGGAGAAAUACAGGGGGACAAUAAGCUCCUAAGGAUGACGAUAGCAAAACAGAGACUAGGUGAUGAAGAAAUUGGGGUCCGCCAUUUUGCAGCCCAUGAACGGGAAGACCUCGUUCAGCAGCUGGAGAGAGCUCGGGAACAAAUUGAAUCCCUGGAACAUGACCUACAGGCCUCUGUGGAUGAGCUACAGGACAUCAAAGAGGAGCGCUCUUCCUAUCAGGAUAAAGUGGACAGGCUAAACCAAGAGCUCAAUCAUAUCCUGGGCGGCCAUGAAAACCGCAUCAUUGAUGUGGAUGCCCUCUGCAUGGAGAACCGAUACCUCCAAGAGAGAUUAAAGCAGCUUCAUGAAGAGGUCAGCCUACUUAAAUCUAAUAUUGCCAAAUAUAAGAAUGCCCUCGAGAGACGGAAAAACUCCAAAGGCCAGGGAAGGUCCAGCAACAGCAGCAGCAGCAGCAGUGCCCUGACUGGAGUCCUGUCUGCAAAGCAAGUUCAAGAUUUAUUAUCUGAGGAUCAUGGAUGUAGUCUUCCAGCAACACCACAGUCCAUUUCGGAUCUGAAAUCUCUAGCUACAGCCCUGUUAGAGACAAUCCAUGAGAAAAACAUGGUCAUUCAGCACCAAAGACAGACCAACAAAAUCCUAGGUAACCGAGUGGCAGAGCUGGAGAAAAAAUUGAGAACUUUGGAAGUCUCGGGUUUGUGGAGUCUCCCAGGCCUGAGCUACAAUGUUUCAGUGGGAUUCAGGAGAGGCAAGGACACCAUAACUUUCAACGAUUCCACUCUUCCAGUCAUACAGAGGUCAAGAUCCCCAUUGCUGAAAUUCAUAGAUCAGCGAGAAGAAAACAAAACCUACACUAAGGAUGGGGAGCAGAAGCAAAGAGAUGAAAGUUCUUCUGUUACUGUGGCAUUGACAGCUCCUGAGGAGGCUGCAGCCCAGCUCUCUGACAAUUCCCCAGCCAAGCCCAAGUACGGGAACCAACGCAAGCACUUUCAUCCCUCAUUACCCCAGUUACCUUCUGAGGAAGAAGAAAUAAACAGGCUUGGAAGUGAAAUAAUUAAACUGACAGAGGAACAGGCAGCUGAGGAACUGGAAGGGACCAGAAAAGGGAGUUCCCAGGAGGGCCCAAGGAAAGGGACAGGCCCAUCCCAGAUCAGAGGGACAUCCAAGGUAGAGUCUCCUUUGUCUAGCCCUGAUCCCUUUGGUUCCAGUGAGUCCUUGGGCUUGGGGAAGGAACAAGCCACGGAAGGCUGUGACCUGGAAGAGGAGAAAGGUGUCCCAGAGGGGAGCUGCUCAGGCAUUGUGAAGACAUGACGGAUAAAGGGAUUGGAAAUUGUAACACAUGGAAGGCGCUAGGGACGACAAGAAUUAAGCCACAGAACAACACAUUAGAAUUAACUCUCUCCUCAAAUGCUCCCAAGUCUGGGACUCAGAAAAUCCUCUGAUCCUGUUGCAAACUGUAGGUAUUUUGAUGACAGUACAGCUUGAUUUAAUAAAUGCAGGUCCUCAAUCUUCUCACCGUCAUCUCUUACUACUGAAGAUGUACUGCUGUGAACACGGGCAGGCACUGAAAAUAGUGUGCACCAUAUGGCUGGUUUUUCCCAUCCAUCUUUGUGUCGGCAUUUGUUUUAUUAGAGAUAAGAUGUUUUUCUAUUAACGUUUAAUGGUGUCGAUCAAAAUUAUGGGAAGAGCUUGAAACCAAUGGGCUUUUUAAUCAGGUCCCCGGUAUUUGUAAUGAUUAAGGCUGUUGGGAAGAGAGACAUAAUUGAGCAUAAUGGGUCCAAAGGGCCCACCGUGACACUUUGUCAUGUCAAGGCCUUGUUGGGUCUCCUCCACAAGGAUGCUCUUGGCACGGCGCCUGUAGCAAUGUGUCACAGAUGGGAAUGGUGGGUGGAGAGGGGCCUCCAGAGGCUUAGAGGGCUUGUUUUCCUGUUCUGAAUUCAUACCACUCUUUUUGGGUGCUUAUGUUGUGUAAAUAAUAAGCAUGCCAACUUAGGCAUUGGUUAGUGCAUUUAUAGGCCCAGGAGGGAAGCAUGAAAUAAACAGUAGAAGGAAGUAAGGUCAAAGGUUGUGUCAGAAGGAAAAAUGAUUCUUACCUUUCAAAAUUCUGCUUCUGUGGUAUAUUCUUAUCCUCUUUGGCUCAUCUGCUUUGUUGAGGAAAGACAAGAGCAAAGCUGUGUGAUCUUGGGACAAAUCACUUAACUUUUCCUUAUCUAUAAAAUGGCGGGGCAGACAAGUGCAGCGUCUUCUGAAGUUCCUUCCAGCUCUAAAGCUAUGAUCCUAGGAUUCGGCUUAGGAUCCAGUUAGCUGCUGAUGCAGCUGUGAAACUUGAACCUUGGGAAGAGAAGAGGCGUCUCCCAGAUAAAGUUUAUUCCCUCUAGGAAGCCCCUGGGUGAAAAGAGAUAGCAUCUGCUUAUGCUGUAGUGUAUGGGAAGCAGGCCACAUAUUUAAACAGUGGAAUUCCUCAUGUCCCGGGGUCAGUUCAUUCCCCCCAGGAAGCUGAAAGCUCAUCUGAAAGCCAGAGUCAGUCCCCUGAGAAACCUCUUCAGAGGCUUGGAUGAACAAAAGGGCUCCCUAAGUGCUUUUUUUUUUAAAUCUUCCUCCUAACCAUCCUAAAAAGAGAAUGUGCAGAUUAAGUUUAUGAUGUCAGCAGUGAAAUCCAUGGAUAUGUGGAUGUGGUGUUCAGCUUGUCUUCCUGUCUCUGCCUCUGCAGAGCGAUAAAGAGGAUUGACUUCAGGUCCCAGGUCCACUUCCUUAGAUAUGUGACAUGCGCAAGUCAUGGUAAUGCUUAUGCAGCCUAAUUCACAGAAUUAUUGGGAUAAGAUAUGUGCCAUACCAAUCUUAAAGCACUACAGAGAUGGUCUUUUAUUAUUUAUUCUUCCCCUCCCUACAUUUAUGGCCAGUGACACUAGAGAUAGGGUUAAGCCCCAGGCAUUUUUCUCUACCCCGUGAGAGAUUAGGUUGGUUGGGGUUUUUUGGGAGAAAUACUAAUUGGUCACUAAGAAGACACUAGCCCAGUGAGGGUGUUAGAGUGGAAAGAGAUGCAACAAGAGUGUGCUCAGUGACUCCCAGACUUCGUUCCUGCCAGCCCCUGUAGAGCCAGCGAUCAGGUAAUGCUGGAGAGGAGAGCUACCCCGUACACACACACACACACACACACACACACGCACGCACAUACGCACACACACACGCACACACGCACCCCCUCUGCCUCCCCCACUGGGCCCCCAUCCACACAACUUCCUGGGGAGGGAAUUUGCCUCUGCAGCUGCAAAGCCUGCAUGGGCCAACAGCCACAGAGGUAAUUUUCCUGCUGGACCCGGCCUUAACUGCCUGCAAAUGUUUAGCUCUCCCAAGUAGCACUUUAAAGGCACUGAAGGAAAGCAGGGCCAAAUUUAAUAAAAUAAUAAUAAAAAGAAAAAUCUCUCUUAGCCCAAGCACCAGUUUUGACACACAAUCUGCCAGGUGCACAUCUUUACAAUCCAUUUAUAAACUCCUGGAAAGCAGAGUUUAUAAUCUACUACAGCACACUGCGCCACGGUCAGGGAAGCCGAGAGGAAUCCCAAGUCUGAGAAGCCCCCCAUGGUGAACAAGCUAAAGAAGGAUGCUGUGUGUUACACUGGGGCCAUGCUGCCGUUGGGUGCAUCGACGUGGCAAUAUUAUGUAUCCAUCUCCCUUACCUAUCCCCAACUUGGUUUUCUUGUUCCUAGACAGUAAAGAGAAAGGUUCAAACUUGCCAACACUUGGGCUUUUUUUUUUCUCUUUUAACCCUUGUCCCAAAACCAUGCCACACUGUUUUGUUGGAUCAGCCCUAUGUGUUACUUUUGACUGAAAAGUCAAAUUAUAGCAAGUUUCCUGGCUACUGAUUGAUUUUUUUUUAAGAAAAAUGUCACUGUGUUGGUCUUACCAUGCAGCUGCAUUCUGACAUGCCUCUUCUGUCAGAGUGCCCCAGCCAUGUGUGGAUUUCUUCCUGUCUUGCCAGUACUGUCCAGGAAGACUGCAGAACAGGGCAUGCAUGGAGAGAUGCAACUGAAACCGAUGUUUCUCAAAAUAAAAACUGCUCCUUUGCUGCACCGGCCCAGCAUCUGGCAGCCUUUAGGCACUGAUUUCUACAUGCAAGUAUAUAUGAGAGUUUGUGGUUCUUUAAUUAAGGCCUGAGAAAAUAGAUCCUUUCCUUUAAAAGGUGUGUGUGGGGGGGUGCUUUUCUCACCCCCUGAGACCCAUUCUCAUGCCAUCCUUCCUUCCCCACCAAAUUCUUUCCUGCCUCUAGCAAGUAUUCCCUGAGGCUUUCUCUAGCCAGGAGGCACCCAGUGGCAUUCAGCUCAGUCCCAGGCAAGUAGUAUUAGGUGCCUUUUCCCAGAGCUAGCCUUAGGCAAGAUUGUGAAGGAGUGACGUUUAUUUUUCCAUUCUCUCCUGCUCUUCAGGUGUCCAAUGAACACCCCACUUUCCAAAGUCCUGGAGGAGGGGGAAUCGGAUAGCAAUCAUUUACACUUUAGUAUGAAUAUAAUGCACAAUGUUCCCUAAAAGUGGAGGGGAAAACUUUUGUCCUUUAUUGAAAGAAUUUCAACUAUCAUUAAGGAAGUAGAGAUGAUGGCUGUGUAUGUGCAUUUUGGGGAGAUAGUCAUUUUCUUUCCCAUACCAAUCGAAAGCCAGCUAGUUAGCUCUCAUAAGUGAAUGGUCUCUCCAGCAAGUGUUAUUCUUUUCCUUGCUGCGAUUUUAACGAUGUCUCUUUCUCUGAUAUCUCUUAUGAUAUUUUGUGAACCUUAAAGUGUUCUAUGAAUGCUAGCCAUCAUCACCAUCAUCAUCAUCAUCGCUGUCACCUCUGGGACUAAAAAUCUUGAAGACAUAAUGCUGAAUUGAUAAGUCAGGAAAAGGGAAGGAAUGACUGGCUACAUUUGGCAUUUUAUUGCUAAACUUUGUAUUACAGUUGUGAGGAUGGGGACCAGACCUCCCCUCCAGAGAAAGAGCUGUUUGAGCAAGAUGUAUUUCUGCUUUGCGUCUGAGCCCUGCCUAGUCAGCUUUUCCUACCCUCUUUUCCAUCCUUGAACAUGAGACAGUUCCAUUUAAAAAGCUCAACAUCCACCCGAAAGGCAGAGGCAACAUCUUGAGAAUCCUCAAACUUACAACACUUUUAGGUACAUGCAGAUUUCCAGGUGCUUUUCAUUCCUGUUACCAAGUUAUAAAGCAAAGAAUUGCUGGACAAAGACAGUUCCAAAGAUCAGAGAGAGAGGUUUGGGAGUCCAGUGGUAAAUCUAAUUAGAAAUGAGAGAGAAGGAAAAAAAUGAGGUCUCCUCUCGGAAUGUUACAGCUGAUCCAAAAAAAAAAUAGAAAAAAGAAAAAAAUCUUAGUACAGCAUGAAAGCAAUUUAAAAUGAUAGAUUUAGAUGUGCUGCCUUAUUUUUCUUAUCACUUCUUUCCUAAAUGAGGGUUUUUUGAUGCACAGGGCAGUUUGCAGAAUACUGAAAAGUUCGACUUUCCCUAGUCUGUAUGAAUGCAAGGAUAUAUUUUGGGAUCUUAGCAGAGACCAAUGAUAACCUAUUAAAUUUAAAACAAUUGGCUUUUUUUUAUCGGCUGCUGUUUUGUUUUAUUUAAAGAAAAGAAGUUCUAUUUAUUUGCAGACUUUGCUUUAUUGGAUUCUCUAAUCACCAUGCAUCAUAACUAUAUUUUUUGUUACCUGGAAUAAAAAUGGGGUAAUUUUCCUGGUA